AUGGAGGCUCAUGUUCCCAAAGGGGUGGCAGAGAUGGGUUUGGCUCAGCCACCUCAGGAGCUUAUGUCGACGAAUCUCUCCCAGCCGGGAGACACGCAGAUGGUCAAUGAUCUAUGCAGGGAAGCCAUGCAAAGCUCCGCAACACCUAUGGCCGUGAUGUCCAUGUAUCAGCAGACUAUGCAGACCAAAACGAUUGACAAGCAAUCGGGUGUCAUUAGGCAACAGCUGAUCACAAUCGAGAACUUGCGAGCCGAUGUCGUCCACUUGCAAAAGAAGAAGGAAGACCUCAUGGGCGAAUGCAAGCUACUGGCUAAGGCGAAGGAGGACGAAGAGAACACAAUCGAGAACUUGCGAGCCGAUGUCGUCCACUUGCAGAAGAAGAAGGAAGACCUCAUUGGCGAAGGCAUCGACCUGGCAACGAGCAAGCCAGAGGCUCCGAGCAAGAAAAGGAAGGCCGAUGCAAAGCUCAAAGCUCCGAGGAAGUCGAGAAAAGCCGCGGCACCAGCAGCCAGUCAGAUGCAGUUCCUCCACAGCACCAAUUGGGUGAUCUACCUGGCAACAUGUAUAGUCCGCUGGGUGGUGGAGUCUCGAGGAACACCUAGCCGACCCAGAACAGCCGGAGGUGCGGCAUUUUUCUUCGACCCGACUGAUGAAGCAGUCAAGGAAGUAGACAGCAUCAUGGCGGACCUGGAGAAGCUAUCCAGGGCCGACUUACGGCAGCAGGCGGCUGCGCUCUGGCCCCGCUUCGGCCUUGAUGCGACGCUCACGGACGACGAGAAACUCUCCAAGGUGAUGGCAUCUCCGAUCAAGUUGUGGGAUGGCAACUGCAAGUUGCUUCGGCCCAGCUGGCUCGAGAAGCCAGCUGCUCGCGGUCCGACACGUGUGCAGAUGCUGGGUCUGCUCAGGACGGUGCUCACUCGCGACAGGCAGGAGCCGACUCUGUGCUGCUUGGCCACCGCUGCAGGUAGACACCUGUGCAAUUCCACCAGUUUCCUUUGGCAGGGCGAAUGGUACUCCCUUCAUAUGCUCAAGCUGGUGAACAGUGACGGAAGCUAUCUGUACAAGGUUGGGAAAGCAACCGGAAGCCGGCUCGGCAAGCGUUUCAAGGAGUAUACCGACGAACUGGCAACCAUGAGCCUGGCUUUGACGGAGUGCAUAAAGUUAGUGCGCUUCCAAAGUGCUUGGCAGUGCUCAAAGCUGGAGACUCGUGUGCAUACCUUAAUGAGACGUUACCGACCACACUUGGUCGUGAAGAAGAAGAAGGAAGUAGAGGUCUAUACCGCAGAUGCACUCGAGACCCUAAGUGCCCUGCUACACGAAGGCGAGAACAUGACUGGCGACCAGUUGGCCGAGCAGGUGAAAAAGACCUUCUUCCCCGUACACGUCUUCAUGGGCGACUCUCCGGCCAUCAGUCGUGAGGAAGAGGAAGAGGUUGAAGAACCACCUCCCGCCCUCCCUUGUACAGUCAGCGGCAUUGGGGCUGCCGUCACCACUGGUAGCAUCGGGCAGAAAGAGAAAAAGUCUACAGCACAUUUGCCAACUCGAUGUACAAGACAUGUCGCAUACCUUAGCACAUUUGCCAGUUCUGAGCGCUUCUUUCCAAGGGCAGGGCUAGACAAGGAGCCGACAACCCAUAUCCUAAACCCUAAACCUCAACCCCAAACCAGAAGCCCUUAA